CUCUCUCUCUCUCUCUCUCUCUCUCUCUCUCUCUCUCUUUAAGGUUAGUGAGCGCUAGAUGUUAAUCUACACAGAUUUCUCUCCUGAAAACUGUUUAUUUGGGUGUAAAGCGCUUCUGUUUAUUUACAGUAAGCUUAGAUUUACAGAUUCUUUCAGCACUGAGGCAGGAGCAUUAGCAUUAGCAAAAUUAGCUUGUAAAAUGACCCAGUGUUGUUACCAAUACCACACCUAACAGCUAAAGUUAAUUAUAAAGGAAAGGAUUAAACAUUACAGACAGCUUGUACAUUAUCCUACCAUUUAGACUAUAUAACAACAACGUAAUACAAAUUUAAUGUGUUUAAGGCUUCUAGUAGUAUAUUAUAGUUUGAAAUUGCCUGCUAGCUUAGCUUGGUUAUCGAAAUAGCAUUGGUUAGGUUACCUAAAGUGGGCUAGAACCUUCACUUACCUUCAAAGUGAAUGUACCCUUCUAUCCAGUUGCUGUUUUUAAAAAAAUAUAUAUAUUUUAUAUUUUUCUCCAUCGUUCGUGGUACAUAAAAUCACACAGCUUUUUGCAGAGAUUUAAAAAAGACUUAGCAAUAGUAAAAUGUUUAAUGAUGUGAUUUAUUUUGUGAGAAUAAUGUUUAAGUGUUCUUCUACAGUGGGAGCUGAUAUGUGUCCUUAACGCGACUGACAGAGAGAAAAAGAGAGCUGUUUAAGAGGCAGAACUGGCCCAUAAUAGGGGACCAAAGUAGCUGGUGUUAACUAGCUAGCUAAUGUUGCCAGCGUUUCUUUUUUAACCAGUAGCUAACAUUAUCUAGCUAGCCAAUGUUCCCAGUGUUUUUUAACCAAGUAGCUAAUGUUCUCUAGCUAGCCAAUGUUCACAGUGCUUUUUUUAACGAAGUAUCUAAUGUUACCUUGCUGGCUAAUGUUGCCAAUGUUUUUGUCCUGUCACCUAGUGUGGACUUUUUAAGAGGGAUCUUGCAACACAGUAGCGAUAGCAGCGAGAGUGGUGGCUGAGUUGUGAGAGCAGCUCUUAACAGAAGAGGAAAAUACAGGCAGUUGUGUAGAAGAUGCUUCUGCUACUUUUAAAUUGUAUAUCUGGCUGCAUUUUGGCUCCAGUGGAAACAAUAAACGGUAACAGAGUGACCAACAAGACACAAACCAUAUAUAAAUACUGUAAGUAAAUCCUACACGUGACUGUUUCAUAGGCAGUUGUACUGAUCCCUUAGCUCUGUACUGUAUUUAAAAAAUGUUCUGUCUCUGUUUGCACUUCAAGCAUAGUCUUAAUAUGACUAAUUAUGGUUAUGCAUAGUUAAAUUACAAGAGAUUUAGGAGAAAAUAACACAAACCAUAGACUUAAUAUGACUGAUUGUGGUUUGCACGUAUUGUUUGCACUUUAUAAGACCUAAAAAAAAAUAUUUUUGUUAUUCUUAUUUUUAUUUCUUAUAGAAUCAAUGUAAGAGAAACCAGCCUGUUAAGUUUGCGUUAUAUGAUUUUGUCAAAUAAAACAAAAACUAGUUUUCAAGCCAUUUUUCAUUUUUGAAGUUUUCAUUAAAGUUUUAUUUUUAAAUCUCGUUCUCGUGAACCCAUUAUCGUGUCUCGUCUUGUGAUAUUAGUGUCUCGUCACACCCCUAAUUAAAAUGUAAUUGCUGGAGCUGUGAUGGUAUGUAGAUGCAAGAAAUAAGUCUCCACUGAUACUGUACUUUGUAUAAAAGAACAUUUAUUAUAAUAAAAUAAUUAAAAAGCACCCGGGUUUCUUUGUGAAAGCGAACGUUAGCCAAUCUUAUCCUGAGCUCUCUGCCUCGUCAUCGACCCACUCAAUCUGUAAAACCCAAGGAUUUAUGUCUUUCGGUCCCUCGUCUGGAAAAAAGUAAUAUUAUCUAAAUAUGGAAAAAGUUAAGAGUCAGGACAAGAAUUCACUCUCUCUCAAGCAAAUUCAUUCCAAACUGCUGAAAUACACUGAGUUCAUAUAGUAAUUUUAUUUUAUUCACUAAACGUUUUGUUACAUUUCCAGGACAACUAAGAGGAAUUGAUCAUAUUUAAGGUGGAAGUGCUAGAAUGAUUUACUGCUUUAGUAACAUUUAGUUAGAGUUGAUGAAAUUUGGAGCUGCUGCUCUGAAUCUGCUGGUGUAGAGCUUCUGCUGCUCUCUGGUUCUGCAGAUGAAGUUGGGCUUCGACCAGAUGCUAUGAUACGCCACCGUUUACUAAAUUGAUUUAGUAAACAAAUCAGUUAAGCCAUUGAUGUGGAGCUGCAGUCUUUCUGGGUAAAAAGCACAAUUACAAUUACAUUUCUCACCAAAUUUUCACUUGUGAUCUACAUAAAAAGGACUUUAGGAGUGCAUAUCACUGUUAGUCUGAAGCUAAUGUGUUGGAAAAUAAUGUUAUCUGGAGUUGUAAAAAAGGAAUGUUUUAUAAAUUAGUGUGAAGGAAAAAGCUUUGGACAUCAUUGGUCACGUGAUCAAUGUAGAAUGAUUUUGGCACAAUCCUCGAAGCUUCAGAUUAAAGGGUAACAUUUUUUUUCUUCUUUCUUUACGUUCUCAGGAUCUAGUGAGACCAGAAAAGAAUCAAGACUGUUUGUCUAAACAGUGGGCAGUCUUUAUAAAGGCAGUAAACAGGCGUCAGCCUGAUUAUUGCAAGUGGUAAAAUGUGGGCUACCUCUAGUGGCUGGAGGACCACCAGCACCCCUUUUACACUAAGGACUUAGAAGUGGGAAAAAUACUGAAACAUUUAUGAAAUGAAAUUAUUCUCCUGAACUUCAUCACCAACAACCAAGAUAUUUAACUAAGAGCAAUGUUAAACUGCUGAAAGAGUUGAAGCACAAGCCGUCCUGAAGAGCCUCCAGAACACGCAGACAUUGUUUGAUACGUUUAACAGACAAAUGAAGCCAAGUCCCGACAUGGAGAAACAGCAGCACUCUGUCAAGAGUUUUACUAAACAGAGUCAUCUCAAAAUUCACCAGCACAUUCACACAGGAGAGAAACCACAUCACUGCUCAGACUGUGGGAAGAGUUUUACUAAACAGAGUCAUCUCAAAAUUCACCAGCGCGUUCACACAGGAGUGAAACCGUAUCACUGCUCGGAGUGUGGGAACAGUUUUACUGCACCAAAUACUCUCAAAAUACACCAGCGCAUUCACACAGGAGAGAAACCGUAUCACUGCUCAGACUGUGGGAAGAGUUUUACUAAACAGAGUGAUCUUAAAAAACACCAGCGCAUUCACACAGGAGAGAAACCUUUUCACUGCUCAGACUGUGGGAAGGGUUUUACUACACAGAGUGAUCUUAAAAAACACCAGCGCGUUCACACAGGAGAGAAACCGUAUCACUGCUCAGACUGUGGGAACAGUUUUACUGCACCAAAUACUCUCAAAAUACACCAGCGCAUUCACACAGGAGAGAAACCGUAUCACUGCUCAGACUGUGGGAAGAGUUUUACUAAACAGAGUGAUCUUAAAAAACACCAGCGCAUUCACACAGGAGAGAAACCGUAUUACUGCUCAGACUGUGGGAAGAGUUUUACUGAACCGAGUAGUCUCAAAAAACACCAGCGCAUUCACACAGGAGAGAAACCGUAUUACUGCUCAGACUGUGGGAAGAGUUUUACUGAACCGAGUAGUCUCAAAAAACACCAGCGCAUUCACACAGGAGAGAAACCGUAUUACUGCUCAGACUGUGGGAAGAGUUUUACUCAGCAGUGUAAUCUCCGAAAACACCAGCGCAUUCACACAGGAAAGAAACCGUAUUACUGCUCAGAGUGUGGGAGAAGUUUUACUCAACAGAGUAAUCUCAAAAUACAUCAGCGCAUUCACACAGGAGUGAAACCGUAUCACUGCUCAGACUGUGGGAAAAGUUUUAAUAAAAAGAGUAAUCUUCAAAAUCACCAGCGCAUUCACACAGGAGAGAAACCGUAUUACUGCUCAGACUGUUGGAGGAGUUUUUCUGAUCAGGGUAAUCUCAAUAAACACCUGCGCAUUCACACAGGAUAGAAAACUAUCCCAAAUCUGUUUCAAUUAAAAGUGCGGAUCGUAAACCUUUCAGACAGAACACCUUAUCCUACACAAAUGUUUAACUUUAUCACUUGGGACACGUUCUACCAGAAAACUGAAUUUAACAAUGGAUUUUACAGGUUCUGCAAAAUGAAUCUUAUCCAGGGAUGAUGUUUAUUAAAUUCCAUGUUAUGUUUUAUCGUAUGUUAGAUGUUCCAGGACAUUCUUUGUGAGACACAGCUCAGUGCUUAGGGUGGUUACUGUAGGAGUUCAGUUCUGAAGAAGGGAAAAAACUUACUCUGUAAAAUGUAGAUGUCAUAGUUGUUAGGAGUAGAGGAGGAUUAUUAGCUUGCAACUAAAUGUUUAGGACCAAAUCUUCAGAGCUUAUGAUUUGAAUGCUUUUAAUGUACACUGCUCAAAAAAA